ACACAGCACUUCUGUCUACUAAGAUCAUGAGGAAGAGGAAGAACUGGAAACCACGGAAACCUCAAUGAAAGCAUUGGAGGAGCUGUAAUAUUUGACUCAAUGGCGAAGAAGGGGCGCACCAAGGGCGAGAAGCCCGAAGCGCUCAUCUCUGCUUUACAGGCAGCUAAUGAAGAUCUCAGGUCCAAACUGACUGACAUUCAAAUAGAACUGCAUCAAGAGAAAUGCAAGGUAGGCCACGUUGGAACACUAGAUUGCAUGUAAAUCUUCCCUUCUCAAAUACACCUACACUGAGUGUACAAAACAUUAUGAACACCUGCUCUUUCCAUGACAUAAACUGACCAGGUGAAUCCAGGUGAAAGAUAUGAUCCCUUAUUGAUGUCACUUGUUAAAUACACUUCAAUCAGUGUAGAUGAAGGGGAGGAGACAGGUUAAAGAAGGAUUUUUAAGCCUUGAGACAUGGAUUGUGUAUGUGUACCAUUCAGAGGGUAAAUGGGCAAGACAAAAUAUUUAAGUGCCUUUGAACGGGGUAUGGUAGUAGGUGCCAGGCGCACCAGUUUGUGUCAAGAACUGCAACGCUGCUGGGUUUUUCACACUCAACAGAUUCCCCUGUAUAUCAGGAAUGGUCCACCAUCCAAAGAAUAUACAGCCAACUUGACGCAACUGUGGGAAGCAUUAGAGUCAGCAUGGGCCAGCAUCCCUGUGGAAUGCUUUCGACACCUUGUGCAAUCAGUAUUAAUGUUUUGCACACUCAGUGUAUAACAGUGUCUUUAACUGCAGAUGGCAGGUGUUUUUAUGUUGGUAAUGAGUUGAUUGACAAAGUCCUACAAUUUCAGAAGGAUCUCAUUGAAAUUAUGACAUUUCUUUACUCCUUGGGUCAAAAUUGACCCCUGUUGGUGAUUUUAGGGUCAACCACUUUAUCUACUAAACAGGUGCUAGAUCAAGAGAUUCGCCUCCGGGCUAUAUGUAGUCCUCUCUCUGUAGUGUAACCCAGUUAUUUUUGUCUCCUCUGCCUCAAUCCCCGGGGGCUAGGUGAGUAAGUUGGAGCGUGAGAAGGUGCAGGAGUGCAAGCGCAUCCGGGAGCAGGAGCAGCACCGGCACACGGCCACGCUGACAGAGCAGCGGGCCAAAUGGCACGAGGAGAAGCAGAAGGAGCUCCAGGCGCUCAGGGAGAACCUGGUCCGCCAGCACGAGCAGGAGCAGGCCCGCACCGCCAAGAUCAAGGACCAGGAGAACCAGCGGCUCAAGGCGGCGCUGAGCGCCAUGCGGGACGGCAGCGGAGAGAAGGUGCGCACAGCGCUGACCCUGGAGGCCAAGGAGGAGGCGCGGCGCUUCUUCGACGUGGAGAGGGUCAAGCUGCUGCAGGAGAUCUCCGAGCUCAAGCAGACCAAGAAACAGACGGACGAGGCGCUCAGCACCAUGAUCCAAGCGGAUAAGAUGAAGGCUGGGGACCUGCGCUCCGAGCACCAGAUUCACCAGGAACAGAUUUCCAAGAUCAAGUGGGACAGCGAAAAGGACAUCCGCAGACUGGUGAAUACUAGCUGAGGGUCUGAUUGCGGAAUGCAUGUCUCGCUAAACACUAGAUUUGGCCUUAGCUGUUCUUUCUCAUUGCUCCAUACAGAUAGUUGGGCCAGGAAACAUAUCUGUCAGAGAGGUUGUGAGCUUCAUAUAGAGUAGUUUAGUAGGUGUCCUCUGCAUUGAAACAAGAGCACUAGGUCUACUGUGAUGGAGUCAUCUCCAUACGAAUUAUGCAAGUCUGCACAUAAUAGUGCAGAGCAUUGACUCUUGCUAGGAUUUUCAUUUGAGACAGUUUGGUACAGCAGGAAAAUAAUCCUGCAGUAAAAGGAAAUGUGAAUUAUUAUAUGCAUUAUAAUUAAUGGACCUUUUUGUAGGGGUUGAUAUAUUUUUCGUAAGGAAAAGUCAAGUGUGAAAUUUCAAAGUGGAAAUUACAAACUUCAGAAGCCUUUUUAAACCUACACUACAAGUUUAAAAUGUUCUGCGUUGCAUGAAGAUUCCCCUGCAACAGGGUGAUAAAAUGAAGAUCCUACAUUUGUAGCUAAUUGUCAUGAUCCUUAUCAAAGCUAGUUGGUAUGACUUAGAAGCUUUGUUCCAAAGCAAUCAAUUAGCAAGGAGUGGCCCUUUUACUUUGGCAAAAGUCAGACUGUGUCACGUUCUUUCCAGGCAGACUUUCACAUGAUACAAUUUGAUAUAUACGGUACAUCAUACCUUCACAUGAUACUCUUUUGAUUUGAUUUUUGAAUGGAACUGUGCGCAUGUCUGUCAUUCCGUCUGUCCCGUCCGUCUCUCUGUGUCUCUGAGUUUCCUGUUUCCUACUCCCUCCUUCAGGUGGAUGAGAUCAAGUCUAAGGAGCGCACCAUCUUCUCUCUGGAGAAGGAGUUGGAGAAUGCCAUUGGCUUGCUGCAGAAGCUGCAGAUGCAGAAGGAUGCCCUGGACGACCAGCUGUUCCUGGUCAAGGAGGCAGAGUGUAACCUGGGCAGCCCCAAGAGAGAGAUCCCCGGACGGGCUGGGGACGGGGCAGAGCACUGUGGCAGCCCGGUACGACAUAGAAAGGCAGAGGGAAACUUGGAAAUGGUACAAAUGCAGCCUGUAGAUUUAUAGAAAUGUAAUAAUGAAGCCAGUCCAAAAUACAUUUGAAAUUAAUCGGACAAUUAACCCAUAAUGAGAGGUAAAAUAGGCCUACACUAGUUUAUGUAUAGCCAAUUGCCACACUCCAAUUACCUAUUGCCUACUGUAUAGGCUAUGUAUAGAAACAGCCUAUGUAGUUAAUGCGGAAAAAGCCUGAGACAAAUGACAUAAACAGAAAAAAUAUUAAAUAAGUCUGUAAUUAUAAUACCAUAACUCCUCUCCUCAUCCACACGUAGAAACAUAUUCUUUGCACAUUGCAGGACAAUUAUCAAACUGCUUUCACACAGUGUCAAACAAACACAGUUUGGGUUUGGCCAUUCUCUAUACAGUAUGAAGGUUUUAUGAAUCAGAUAAUACCACAAUUUUAAUACCAAAAAAGUCCAAACGUUUUUAAAGCCACACUCUAUAGUGCCUCACCAACAAAACUUUAUCAACAGGGCAAAUGCAUUCCAUCAUACAGAAUCUUCAUAUGCAAAUAUCACUUUUUAUGCUCAAUGAAUUACUUGAAAUUAUGGUACUAUUACUUUUUAAAACAUGACAAAAACAGUAGUACUAGAUAUUAUGUCAAAUGAAAAACAAAAAAAAACAAGUAUUUAGGUAAAUACGCCUACCUGCUAAAAAGUGCCUGUCAUUUUACUACACAAUAAAACAAGCUCCUACCUGGUACUGAACUGAGAACUGAAGGGAUCUGAAGGGCAUUUUAUCUGAAGACGGCUGGUCAGUCAAGAAGACUGCUGGUCAGUCAAGACUGCUAGUCAGUCAAGAAGUCUGUGAGGUUUUAAUGCAGUCUCACAUUCUGGGUUAGUCAUGGUCUGCUUGAAAAUCACCUCAUGACAGAAAACUAUUUGUCUUUGGCUUCUUUUUCUAAAGAGAUGUGUCAGUGAUAUAUAGUGGGGAGAACAAGUAUUUGAUACACUGCCGAUUUUUCAGGUUUUCCUACUUACAAAGCAUGUAGAGGUCUGUCAUUUUUAUCAUAGGUACACUUCAACUGUGAGAGACGGAAUCUAAAACAAAAAUCCAGAAAAUCACAUUGUAUGAUUUUUAAGUAAUUAAUUUGCAUUUUAUUGCAUGACAUAAGUAUUUGAUCACCUACCAACCAGUAAGAAUUCCGGCUCUCACAGACCUGUUUGAUUUUCUUUAAGAAGCCCUCCUGUUCUCCACUCAUUACCUGUAUUAACUGCACCUGUUUGAACUCGUUACCUGUAUAAAAGACACCUGUCCACACACUCAAUCAAACAGACUCCAACCUCUCCACAAUGGCCAAGACCAGAGAGCUGUGUAAGGACAUCAGGGAUACAAUUGUAGACCUGCACAAGGCUGGGAUGGGCUACAGGACAAUAGGCAAGCAGCUUGGUGAGAAGGGAACAACUGUUGGCGCAAUUAUUAGAAAAUGGAAGAAGUUCAAGAUGACGGUCAAUCACCCUCGGUCUGGGGCUCCAUGCAAGAUCUCACCUCGUGGGGCAUCAAUGAUCAUGAGGAAGGUGAGGGAUCAGCCCAGAACUACAUGGCAGGACCUGGUCAAUGACCUGAAGAGAGCUGGGACCACAGUCUCAAAGAAAACCAAUAGUAACACACUACGCCGUCAUGGAUUAAAAUCCUUGAGCAAGGUCCCCCUGCUCAAGCCAGCGCAUGUCCAGGCCCGUCUGAAGUUUGCCAAUGACCAUCUGGAUGAUCCAGAGGAGGAAUGGGAGAAGGUCAUGUGGUCUGACAAAAAUAGAGCUUUUUUGGUCUAAACUCCACUCGCCAUGUUUGGAGGAAGAAAGAGGAUGAGUACAACCCCAAGAACACCAUCCCAACCGUGAAGCAUGGAGGUGGAGACAUCAUUCUUUGGGGAUGCUUUUCUACAAAGGGGACAGGACGACUGCACCGUAUUGAGGGGAGGAUGGAUGGGGCCAUGUAUCGCGAGAUCUUGGCCAACAACCUCCUUCCCUCAGUAAGAGCAUUGAAGAUGGGUCGUGGCUGGGUCUUCCAGCAUGACAACGACCCGAAAUACACAGCCAGGGCAACUAAGGAGUGGCUCCGUAAGAAGCAUCUCAAGGUCCUGGAGUGGCCUAGCCAGUCUCCAGACCUGAACCCAAUAGAAAAUCUUUGGAGGGAGCUGAAAGUCCGUAUUGCCCAGCGACAGCCCCGAAACCUGAAGGAUCUGGAGAAGGUCUGUAUGGAGGAGUGGGCCAAAAUCCCUGCUGCAGUGUGUGCAAACCUGGUCAAGACCUACAGGAAACGUAUGAUCUCUGUAAUUGCAAACAAAGGUUUCUGUACCAAAUAUUAAGUUCUGCUUUUCUGAUGUAUCAAAUACUUAUGUCACGUAAUAAAAUGCAAAUUAAUUACUUAAAAAUCAUGUGAUUUUCUGGAUUUUUGUUUUAGAUUCCGUCUCUCACAGUUGAAGUGUACCUAUGAUAAAAAUUACAGACCUCUACAUGCUUUGUAAGUAGGAAAACCUGCAAAAUCGGCAGUGUUUCAAAUACUUGUUCUCCCCACUGUAUAUACAUAACUCCAGAAAUAAAUGUCCUAUAAAUGUGUAAAAUGAUACAACUUUAUUUUCCUAAUUUAUAAUGUAUGUCAUUGAAAUAAUUGAUAUUAUACAACUAUUCACAAUAAUGCAUUUGUGUAUAAUUCACAAUAAUCCAUAAAAUUCACCCUAAUGCAUUUUUGUCUUAUAGUAGUGAAUGUAGUGUGUCGUAACACACCAUGCGUUCUGUUUGAACAACCCAGGACAUGCGCAGGAACCAGAGGCGCAUGGCUGACCUGAACUCCACCAUCCGCAAGCUGGAGGACCGAAACUCACUGCUGGUGGACGAGAGGAAUGAACUGGUAUGAUCUGGUCACUCUGAACUCUCCCUACCUUGCAGAGAGCCUGCCAAUGAAUCACAUAUUGGGUGCGUCCCAAAUGGCUCCCUAUUUAGUUUUGACCAGGGCCCAGAGGUUGUAGGCAAUAGGGUUCCAUUUGGGAUGUAACCUUGAUCCUCUAUCACUGAAGGAUAACAAUCCUCCUUAAUCUGGAUUCAUUAAACAUCCAAUGAAUGCACCCAGCAAAACACCUGCAAACAAUUUACAAUUACAGUACCUAGUCUAGACCCCUGCCAAGUUGACACACUGGACUGAGCUGAACUCUAUAUCCCUCCAUCUCCCUCCAUAUCCCUCCAUCUCCCUCCAAUCCUCCAAUCCCUCCCAUCUCCCGCAUACCCUCCAUAUCCCAGAUCACAGCCAGCACAGAACCCAGCCCCCAGAGAACAGAGCCAUCGCCCGCAUACCCGCCAAGCCAGCAGCCACGCCACACGACAGAGCCCGAAAAGCCCUCAAGCGCCAAGCAAGCAACCAGAAGCAACAUGCCCACUCAUCCCUACAACAGCGAUACCGCCCUACUCCACUCCAUCUCCCUCCAUACUCCUCCAUAUCCCUCCAUAUCCCUCCAUCUCCCUCCAUCUCCCUCCAUAUCCCUCCAUCUCACUCCAUCUCACUCCAUCUCCCUCCAUAUCCCUCCAUAUCCCUCCAUCUCACUCCAUCUCCCUCCAUAUCCCUCCAUCUCCCUCCAUACUCCCUCCAUAUCCCUCCAUCUCCCUCCAUCUCACUCCAUCUCACUCCAUCUCCCUCCAUCUCCCUCCAUAUCCCUCCAUAAUCCUCCAUCUCCCUCCAUCUCACUCCAUCUCCCUCCAUAUCCCUCCAUCUCCUCCAUCUCACUCCAUCUCCCUCCAUCUCCCUCCAUCUCACUCCAUCUCCCUCCAUCUCCCUCCAUCUCAUUCCAUCUCACUCCAUCUCACUCCAUCUCCCUUUUCCCCCUUCUAUUCUAUCUUCAUUGCCAUCUAUCGCUCCAUGUCGCUAUCUCACUCUGUCUCUCUCUCUGUAUGUCCCUCCUCUCUCUCCCUCUCCUCUCUCUCCCUCUCGCGCUCUCUUUUCUCUCUCUGUCUGUCUGUCUGUCUCUCUGUCUCCUCUCUCUCUCCCUCUCCCUCUCACUCUCUCUUUUCUCUCUCUCUUUUUCACUCUCUCUCUCUCUUUCUCUCUCUCUUUUCUCUCUCUCUCACCCUCUCAGCUGAAGCGUGUGCGGGAGUCGGAGAAGCAGUGCAAGCCCAUGCUGGAAAAGAACAAGGUGCUGAAUAAGAGGAACGAUGACCUCAGCCAGACCCUGCAGCGCAUGGAAGAGAAACUCAAAGGCCUGGCCAAGGAGAACCUGGAGAUGGUGAGUGGCAUAGAAAUAGAACUACAGACCAUUGAUUUAAAUGGAAAAUUCCCAUUCUAGUAAUUAUAUUUCUAUGGUGAGUGGCAUCAUUGCACAGAUCUCAACACAAUUAGGGCUCCAAUAGUUUAGUACAAUAACAAUAAUAAUAAUACAAGCAUGCCUCAAUAGCUCAGUGUUUAUGAAGACUGUCUGCAACACAUUGGCUACAAUUACAGUCCUUAUCAAAGUACAGUCUGCAUUAGUCUUGUGGAUUUAGAAGUCCACGAUCUUGCAGCUUUGUCAACCACCACAAAUCUACGUUAUUAAUGAUGAGCCCAUACUGAGCGAUAUAGAGGGUUGUUUAACUCCACUACAACUCGUUCCACUCACAAACGUCUUUUCUGUUUCUGUAGAAGGAGAAGAUCAGCUCCCACCCGCCGCUGAAGAAAGCCAACUGUAAGUCUCUGAAUGAUCUGGACCAGGCGCAUGAUGACCAGGAGAUUGAGUUCCUCAAGCUGCAGGUGCUGGAGCAACAAAGCAUGAUCGACGAGCUGACAAGAGUGAGUUCUCCUUUUACAAAUUUGAAAUCCCCACUUAAACAAAGUUUAUUUUGGGAUAUUCAAGGUAUUAUUUACAAUGUAAAGAACAUACAAAUACAUUUUGUAAAAUAGUACAUUUUACAAAUAGGCAUUCACUUCUAAAAUGAAUCAAGGUGUUGAUUUACUUACUAAUCUCUGUGGAACCCACAACCAAAUCUUGCGUACACUGACCAUCUAGCAUUUACUGUAUGUUAACAGUCUGUCACAAGAGACAAUUGAUUUACUAACUAAACUUAACACAAGAGAACUGGUGGACACAGUAUCUGACUCUUUUGCUCUGUGCCAGAUACAAUUGGCUGAUCUCAUGAAAUGUAUCCAUGGUUGCUGAAGUUGUAUGUUUGUUUGUUGGUAGUUCUUAAAUGGAAAAGUCUUAACGGUAUCUUUGGGAUGUCCCAACUCUGACAUCACCCCAUUGAAGUUGAAAUUUAAAAAGGUUAAGGUAAGGGUUAAGGUUAGGGUUAAGGUUAGUUAAGGGUUAUGGUUAGGGUAGGGAUUAAAGUUAGGGUUUAUGGUAGGAACGUCCCAAGGAUGCCGGAUAGCACUAACCGUUCUGACAUGCUCUAUAUAUUUCAGGAUAGGGAAAAACUCUUGCGGAAGAAGAGGCAUAAACGAAGCAACAGACCAAUAAAGGUAGAGUUUUUUCUUCCCAUGACAACACAAAGAAAAGAUCUGUACAAUAAUACAGUUAUCUGCCUUGAGAAAUAUCUGAUUUCCCAACAAUCCUGUGAUCUCUCCCUACACAGAGGCACAUUGUAGUGGACACCUUCUUUGGAUACGAUGAGGAAUCCAUGGACUCAGAGACAUCCUCCGUGGCUUCGUUUCGCAUGGACCGCACUCCAGCCACCCCUGAUGAAGACCUGGAUGAGGUGAGACCUGUUCACAUCACAGGAAAUAGACACAGCCCCUGGGUGGGGAAGGAACUUUAUUUACAAUAAGUGAUCAAUAACCUUUGCACAAGCAACAGCAGCACAUCAGCAUCUACUUUCACUGAACCAAUGAGUUUCUAAUCUCUCUAUCCAUAAUUCCUCUUCCUGGCUUUCCUCCCAAUGUCUUCUCUCUAACCCUGGGGUCCGUUCAUGGUCACAGGGACUGGCCAACGAGGAGUCGGAGCUGCGCUUCAGGCAGCUGACCAGAGAGUACCAGGCCUUACAGAGGGCAUACGCCCUUCUACAGGAACAUCAAGGGGGCCUUCUAGACGCUGAGAUUGAAGCUAAGGUACAGUGCCACUGCCAUUAAUGUUAACUUAAAUAUGACUGCCAUUAAUGUUAACUUAAAUAUCACUGCCAUUAAUGUUAACUUAAAUAUCACUGCCAUUAAUGUUCAGUUAAAUAUCACUGCCAUUAAUGUUCAGUUACAUAUUACUGCCAUUCAUGUUCAGUUAAAAAUCACUGCCAUUAAUAUUAACUUAAAUAUCACUGCCAUUAAUGUUCAGUUAAAUAUCACUGCCAUUAAUGUUCAGUUAAAUAUCACUCCCAUUAAUGUUCAGUUAAAUAUCACUGCCAUUAAAGGUGGAAUCUGUACUUGGUGAAACUGCCUCAUCCAUUUGCAAUAUUACAACAACAAAGUAUUUACUUCAAACAGCAAACACUGUUUUUUUCCCUCAGACAUAAUUGCACGAGCGACGGAACAGUAGAGUAUGUACAGCGGAUGCUCCUCUCCUCCGUUUCAUCAACAAAGACAAUAAAACAUGCGCUGGGGCAAACAGUGGCACUGUUUCACCUCAUGCUGAUAUACGCUUUAAUGUUCAGUGAAAUAUCACCCACAUAAGAUUGUAUUUUGCCAUCAUCUGGGGCAAUAGGGAUGGGGUCAUACCAGAUUGGUUUCUGUAUUCAGUAAAAUGUUGAUACAACUGCAUAAGCAGUCUAGACUGAGUGUACAUAUACCCCACUACAACUACAACACUGUUCAUGCGUUCUAAAACAACACCACCCGUCACAAUCAGCUGUAUCCAGUGGUUGAUGUUAAUGUGGAAAAUGUUGUGUGUCCCAGGCUCAGGAGCAGCUACAUGCAGACAUUCUCAGGUACAAGGCCAAGAUAGAAGACCUGGAGAAGGAGCUCGCCCACAAAGGACAGGUAAAUGACAUUAUCCCCAAUACAGACAGACCAACACUAAGACAUGGGCUGCAUCCCAAAUGGCACCGUGAGGGAAAAAAGUCUUUGAUCCCCUGCUGAUUUUGUACGUUUUCCCACUGACAAAGAAAUGAUCAGUCUAUAAUUUUAAUGGUAGGUUUAUUUGAACUGUGAGAGACAGAAUAAAAACAAAAAAAUCCAGAAAAACGCAUGUCAAAAAUGUUAUAAAUUGAUUUGCAUUUUAAUGAGGGAAAUAAGUAUUUGACCCCCUCUCAAUUAGAAAGAUUUCUGGCUCCCAGGUGUCUUUUAUACAGGUAACGAGCUGAGAUUAGGAGCACACUCUUAAAGGGAGUGCUCCUAAUCUCAGUCUGUAACCUGUAUAAAAGACACCUGUCCACAGAAGCAAUCAAUCAAUCAGAUUCCAAACUCUCCACCAUGGCAAAGACCAAAGAGCUCUCCAAGGAUGUCAGGGACAAGAUUGUAGACCUACACAAGGCUGGAAUGGGCUACAAGACCAUCGCCAAGCAGCUUGGUGAGAAGGUGACAACAGUUGGUGCGAUUAUUCGCAAAUGGAAGAAACACAAAAUAACUGUCAAUCUCCCUCGGCCUGGGGCGCCAUGCAAGAUCUCACCUCGUGGAGUUGCAAUGAUCAUGAGAACGGUGAGGAAUCAGCCCAGAACUACACAGGAGGAUCUUGUCAAUGAUCUCAAGGCAGCUGGGACCAUAGUCACCAAGAAAACAAUUGGUAACACACUACGCCGUGAAGGACUGAAAUCCUGCAGCGCCCGCAAAGUCCCCCUGCUCAAGAAAGCACAUAUACAGGCCCGUCUGAAGUUUGCCAAUGAACAUCUGAAUGAUUCAGAGGAGAACUGGGUGAAAGUGUUGUGGUCAGAUGAGACCAAAAUGGAGCUCUUUGGCAUCAACUCAACUCGCCGUGUUUGGAGGAGGAGGAAUGCUGCCUAUGACCCCAAGAACACCAUCCCCACCGUCAAACAUGGAGGUGGAAACAUUACGCUUUGGGGGUGUUUUUCUGCUAAGGGGACAGGACAACUUCACCGCAUCAAAGGGACGAUGGACGGGGCCAUGUACUGUCAAAUCUUGGGUGAGAACCUCCUUCCCUCAGCCAGGGCAUUGAAAAUGGGUCGUGGAUGGGUAUUCUAGCAUGACAAUGACCCAAAACACAUGGCCAAGGCAACAAAGGAGUGGUUCAAGAAGAAGCACAUUAAGGCCCUGGAGUGGCCUAGCCAGUCUCCAGAACUUAAUCCCAUAGAAAAUCUGUGGAGGGAGCUGAAGGUUUGAGUUGCCAAACGUCAGCCUAAAAACCUUAAUGACUUGGAGAAGAUCUGCAAAGAGGAGUGGGACAAAAUCCCUCCUGAGAUGUGUGCAAACCUGGUGGCCAACUACAAGAAACGUCUGACCUCUGUGAUUGCCAACAAGGGUUUUGCCACCAAGUAUUAAGUCAUGUUUUGCAGAGGGGUCAAAUACUUAUUUCCCUCAUUAAAAUGCAAAUCAAUUUAUAACAUUUUUGACAUGCGUUUUUCUGGAUUUUUUUGUUGUUAUUCUGUCUCUCACUGUUCAAAUAAACCUACCAUUAAAAUUAUAGACUGAUCAUGUCUUUGUCAGUGGGCAAACGUACAAAAUCAGCAGGGGAUCAAAUACUUUUUUCCCUCACUGUAUAUAAUGUACUACUUUUGACCAGGGUCCAGGGCUCUGUUUGGCGAAAGUAGUUCACUAUAAAGGGAAUGGGGUGCCAUUUGAGAUGGAUCCUACGACAUGUCCCAGUCGCAUGGAUGGCUUGUACUGUACGUGACCAUAGUUAUUAUGCAAUUAUUUACGUACUAGGAGUACCAAAUGAAACAGGGCUGUGAAAAUGUAAUUAUAACUCCAAAGAGUGUUGGACUGUUAAUAAUGAUUAGUCUUGGUGACCAAGAGGAAAAGUCAAUUAAUGGUAUUGAUUCGGUUGCCCCACAACAGAGAACAAUUUUGAAUAGGGUUCUGAUUGACGCUAGUGUUUCAUACACUGUGGGUCAGAUCAGUUAACAAACUCAAAUGCUAUCCAUAAUGGAAUAGCUACACUGAGUGGACAGAACAUUAAGAACACCUGCUUUUCCCAUGACAUAGACUGACCAGGUGAAUCCAGGUGAAGGCUAUGAUCCCUUAUUGAUGUCACUUGUUAACUCUUAAGAUGAAGGGGAGGAGACGGGGAGGAGACAUUUUUAAGCCUUGAGGCAAUUGAGACAUGGAUUGUGUGUGUGUGCCAUUCCGAGGGUAAAUGGGCAAGACAAAAGUUUUAAGUGCCUUUGAACGGGGUAUGGUAGUAGGUCCCAGGCGCACCGGUUUGUGUCAAGAACUGCAACGCUGCUGGGUUUUUCACGCUCAACAGUUUCCUGUGUGUAUGAAGGAUGGUCCAUCACCCAAAGGACAUCCAGCCAACUUGACACAACCGUGGGAAGCAUUGGAGUCAACAUUGGCCAGCAUCCCUGUGGAACGCUUUCAACACCUUGUAGAGUCCAUGCCCCGACAAAUUGAGGCUGUUCUGAGGGCAAAACGGGGUGCAACUCAAUAGUAGGAAGGUGUUCCUAAUGUUUUGUACACUCAGUGUAUGAUAUCGAUCUACGGGAGCAUAUAUAUUAUUAUAUUAUAUUAUGUUAUAAUAUAUUGUUAUUAUAUAUAGAUGUUAGAUAUUUCAUAAGACAAGCCUCAUCAGUAUGGUGCAACCAGAGAAAUAGACUGGUAAACUCAUUGGUACACUCAUUCUAAUUCCAUGGUUAUAAGUAACAAAAGACAAUGUUUCCCUCAUUGAAACUGGUUUCCCCUCUCGCAGGACUCCAAGUGGGUAGGGGAGAAACAGCUGUUCUUCAGGAGGAAUCAGGAGCUGCUGGAAAAGGUCUGUCCUGCUAUGAUAUCAUUUAUAUAAUAAUAAUAUUGCAUUACACCAUUCAUCAUCACAUGGAAGCACUUUACUUUCUGCAGUAAAGUCAACUCACCUCGCCCUCCACUAACGUCCACUUCCGAGAAGGGUGAUGCAUGGUAGCCAUUUUGGAUCUGAACAUUCACUAUGCACCACUUGAUAUUGCAGAGGGUAUGGAAGUCCAUGCUACUGGCAGGCUCUGACCUUCAUGCUAUCCCUCUGGUCUUCUGCAGGUGGAGAAGUUAGAUGCAAAAUGUGGUCGACAGCAACAGGAGCUGCAAGAUUCCAAGGACCAGAAUGAGCUCCUAGAAUUCAGAAUACUGGAACUAGAGGUGGGCAUGGUUUUGACAUGUUAAUGAAGCAUACUGUACAUUUGAAUGGAAUCACAGCUGUUUACUUAAAUAAAAAUGUUUAAGAUCAGUGGUGGACUAGGUAAAUAUAUAAUGAGUUUGUAAUAUUCCCAUCAAUAGAACAGAGAGACACAUGAUGCACAUUACUUCAGGCUUGUUUGGGGAACCUCUGUAUUCAGUGUUACAGUUGCUCAGCUCAGUGUUUCUCAGCCCCAACAGACACACACACACACACACACAAACACUGUGUAGGCUAUUUUCUCUGUCCCGAGCACAUCUAGGCCCUGGCCGUGCGGAGCAUGAUAAUUCCUGCCCCGAGACUUACAGCCCAGCACUGCUUGCUGCUUCUGCCAAAAUGCUAAUCAAUUGCAGUUUUUUUCAUGGCCAGGCUCAGACACAGGCCUUUGUACAUUCUGUGCUGCAGUGCAGAUACUGCAAUAAGCCCCCAAAAGGAUGGUGCUUCCAUCUACUGGAUGAAGAAUAGAAAAGCAGAAAAUACCCCUGCACUGAAUCCCUCCAGUCUUUUUUGUCCAAUCAUUAAAAAAUAAUUAUAUAUGUUUUAUUGUCACAUACAACGGAUAGGUGCAGUGAAAUGUAUUGUUUUACAAGGUCAGCCAUAGUAGUAAGGCACCCCUGGAGCAAAUUAGGGUUAAGUGCCUUGCUCAAGGGCACAUCGACAGAUUUUUCACCUUGUCGGUUCCAUCCUUUUAACCGAUGCUUUUAACUGAUUAAAUAAAUGUCCUUUUCGUCCUGUAGGAGCGUGAGCGGAAGUCCCCUCCGUUUAAUCAUCUCCGCAUGCAUCCGUUCUCCGAGGGUGUCAGCGCCCUACAGAUCUACUGUAUGAAGGAAGGAGUGAAGGUAUAACCCAUCUCAAUAAUAUCUAAUAGCGUUGUAACAUUUUACAUUUUAGUCAUUUAGCAGACGCUCUUAUUAGCGACUUACAAUUAGUGCAUUCAUCUUAAGAUAGCUAGGUGAGACAACAACACAUCACAAUCAUAUCAAGUACAUUUUCCAUCAACAAAGUAUUUAUCAGUAAAGUCAGUGCUUGUAGGAAAAGACAAGUGUUUUUUUCUUAUAACAUGUGAUAUUUUGUCUUCCUGCAAAACAAUGUCAGGUGAAAUAUGAUGCUGAUUGUUUAUUUCAAUCCUUUCCCAGGAUGUCUGUGUACCUGACCUGAUCAAGCUCCUAGACAUUCUGGGUGAUAACGGGGUAAGUCUGUUUGAAAGGGCUCUAUAAUAUGUUGUUACUGAUGUUUUGCUAAUGUUUUCCAAUCACUCCUCCUUUUCGCGAAUGAUUGAAAAUCAAGAUUCUUUAACCUUAUUUUUAUUAAUUUUUUUCAGAACUUACGAAAUGAGGAGCAAGUGGCCAUUAUUCAAGCUAGCACUGUCCUCUCUCUUGCUGAAAAGGUAUGCCAAUACAAAACAAAUAUUGUUGCUUAGUUCAAAGUAACUUGUAAGCAGUAUCAUAGCCAUUCAUGUAGCAUUGUUAUUUAUCGAAGUCGUUGUUGUGCAUUGUGGUGUCUUUGUCUUCCCCUAGUGGAUACAACAGAUCGAGGGAACAGAGGCAGCACUGCACCAGAAGAUGAUUGACCUGGAGCUAGAGAUGGUGAGUCUCUUCAACAUUCACAUCCCUCACUCACUGUCACUUCACACUAGCUCGGCUUGACUUGAGAAGUUUUUACUGCGUUUCAUGAAAUUAAAAUGUCAUAUUGCUGCUUAUGUGGUUUAUGGGUGGCAGGUAGACUAGCGGUUAAGAGCGUUGGGCCAGUAACUGAAAGGUCGCUGCUUUGAAUCCCUCAGCCGACUAGGUGAAAAAUCAGCCGAUGUGCCCUUGGGCAAGGCACUUAACACUAAUUGCUCCUGUAUGUCGCUCUGGAUAAGAGCCUCUGCUAAAUGACGUAAAUGAAGAGUGUAUGUGCACAAGAUAUUUACUAUCCUGUGUUCCUGGUUCCCUCCCAGUCUUGUCAAUAUCGCUGAGAUGUUUCCACUAUUCCAGGUUUGUAACUGUGACACAAGCAGGAUGUUUGUUGUAAUUUCGCAGAACCAGACGAGUGUGUCUCUGAAUAUUGCAUACAGUAUUACAAGUCUGGCACAUGUUGUGUAAUAUGUAAAUACAGUGGUGUGAAAAAGGGUUUGCCCCCUUCCUGAUUUGUUAUUUGUUUGCAUGUUUGUCACACUUAAAUGUUUCAGAUCAUCAAACAAAUUUAAAUAUUAGUCAAAGAUAACACAAGUAAACACAAAAUGCAGUUUUGAAAUGAAGGUUGUUAUUAUUAAGGGAAAACAAAAUCCAAGUGAUUGCCCCCUACAACCUAAUAACUGGUUGGGCCACCCUUAGCAGCAACAACUGCAAUCAAGCGUUUGCGAUAACUUGCAAUGAGUCUUUUACAGCGCUGUGGAGGAAUUUUGGCCCACUCAUCUUUGCAGAAUUGUUGUAAUUCAGCCACAUUGGAGGGUUUGAGCAUGAACUGCCUUUUUAAGGUCAUGCCACAGCAUCUCAAUAGGAUUCAGGUCAGGACUUUGACUAGGCCACUCCAAAGUCUUCAUUUUGUUUUUCUUCAGCCAUUCAGAGGUGGACUUGCUGGUGUGUUUUGGAUAAUUGUCCUGCUGCAGAACCCAAGUUCGCUUCAGCUUGAGGUCACAAACUGAUGGCCGGACAUUCUCCUUCAGGAUUUUUUGGUAGACAGCAGAAUUCAUGGUUCCAUUUAUCACAGCAAGUCUUCCAGGUCCUGAAGCAGCAAAACAGGCCCAGACCAUCACACUACCACCACCAUAUUUUACUGUUGGUAUGAUGUUCUUUUUCUGAAAUGCGGUGUUACUUUUACGCCAGAUGUAAUGGGACACACACCUUCCAAAAAGUUCAACUUUUGUCUCGUCAGUCCACAGAGUAUUUUCCCAAAGGUCUUGGGGAUCAUCAAGAUGUUUUCUGGCAAAAAUGAGACAAGCCUUAAUGUUAUUUUUGCUCAGCAGUGGUUUUCGUCUUGGAACUCUGCCAUGCAGGCCAUUUUUGCCCAGUCUCUUUUUUAUGGUGGAGUCAUGAACACUGACCUUAACUGAGGCAAGUGUGGCCUGCAGCUCUUUGGAUGUUGUUGUGGGGUCUUUUGUGACCUCUUGGAUGAGUCGUCGCUGCGCUCUUGGGGUAAUUUUGGUCGGCCGGCCACUCCUGGGAAGGUUCACCACUGUUCCAUGUUUUCGCCAUUUGUGGAUAAUGGCUCUCACUAUGGUUCGCUGGAGUCCCAAAGCUUUAGAAAUGGCUUUAUAACCUUUUCCAGACUGAUGGAUCUCAAUUACUUUCUUUCUCAUUUGUUCCUGAAUUUCUUUGGAUCUCGGCAUGAUGUCUAGCUUUUGAGGAUCUUUUGGUCUACUUCACUUUGUCAGGCAGGUCCUAUUUAAGUGAUUCCUUGAUUGAGAACAGGUGUGGCAGUAACCAGGCCUGGGUGUGGCUAGAGGAAUUGAACUCAGGUGUGAUAAACCACAGUUGAGUUGUGUUAUAACAGGGGGGCAAACACUUUUUCACACAGGGCCAUGUAGGUUUGGAUUUUGUUUUCCCUUAAUAAUAACAACCUUCAUUUCAAAACUGCAUUUUGUGUUUACUUGUGUUAUCUUUGACUAAUAUUUAAAUUUGUUUGAUGAUCUGAAACAUUUAAGUGUGACAAACAUGCAAACAAAUAACAAAUCAGGAAGGGGGCAAACACUUUUUAACACCACUGUAUUGUUUCAUGUUUGUGUGGAAGAGAUGCUCAAAGAACUAUAAGGCGUAUAGACAACACUACCUGUGUCACUACCUGUUGUUGUGAUGUUAGGGAUUGGUGACGAUGGUACUGUCUUCUUCAGUCACAGUAUUGAGAUCAGAGCACUGACCAGAGAGCACUGUCCCCCACAGGAGAUGUUCUGCAAGCAGAAAGGCUAUCUGGAGGAGGAGCUGGACUACAGGAAGUCAGCCCUGGAUCAGGCCUACACGGUAACUGUUGCAUUCCCCCUCAUUCAACCGCCUGCCUUUAAAUACAGGAUGACUUUUUUGUUGGCUGCAAACAUGUUACAUUUCAAAUGAACUUUGAACAUACUGUAAGUGUAACAUAGAUUGUUGUGCGUGUGCAGUACAACCCCUCUCCCCUAGCCAGUAUCGACUUGUAGAUGAUGGCUAUCUACAUACAUAAUAUUAUCGUCACUUUGGUUAACUACCCCCUCAACCUCCCCUAACAGCAAAUCCAGGAGCUGGAGGCUACUCUGUACAACGCACUGCAGCAGGACAAGGUGAUCGGUUACGGCGAGCCUCUGAGUGACAUGCAGAAGGACGAGCUACGUACGUCCGUGGAGAAGCUACGCAGACAGAUGCUGAGGAAGAGCAGAGAGUUUGACUGUCAGGUCCUGGCUGAGAGGAUGGAGCUGCUCCACCAGGCCCAUCAGGUACAAUAUACAGUCACACAAUAUAUGCCAUUCAGCUGACGUUUUUGUCCAAUGCCACUUAUAGUGUAUGCAUACAUGUAACGUUACAUUUUCAUAUGGGUGGCGCCAGUGGGAAUCAAACCCACUAUCCAUUCAGACUACCAGAAAUGUAUUAUGCGUCAACGAGUAAACUCCCUUUGAUGACUCAACAUGAGAUAUGACUCAACAGAUGAGGACAGUCUGUUGGACUUGCAGCUGAAACUAUGUUUUCUCUAUGAGUAGCCUUGUCUGAGACUUUAGACCUGAAGCUUUGUGUUAGUGGACACACAUUUCUUAGUCACAGAGGCAACCCAUGGUCGAUACCUGUUGGUUACACCAAGGUAUUCUCAUUCCUAAUCCUAUGGUGGUUACACCAAGGUAUUCUCAUUCCUAAUCCUAUGGUGGUUACACCAAGGUAUUCUCAUUCCUAAUCCUAUGGUGGUUACACCAAGGUAUUCUCAUUCCUAAUCCUAUGGUGGUUACACCAAGGUAUUCUCAUUCCUACUCCUAUGGUGGUUACACCAAGGUAUUCUCAUUCCUAAUCCUAUGGUGGUUACACCAAGGUAUUCUCAUUCCUAAUCCUAUGGUGGUUACACCAAGGUAUUCUCAUUCCUAAUCCUAUGGUGGUUACACCAAGGUAUUCUCAUUCCUAAUCCUAUGGUGGUUACACCAAGGUAUUCUCAUUCCUAAUCCUAUGGUGGUUACACCAAGGUAUUCUCAUUCCUAAUCCUAUGGUGGUUACACCAAGGUAUUCUCAUUCCUAACCCUAUGGUGGUUACACCAAGGUAUUCUCAUUCCUAAUCCUAUGGUGGUUACACCAAGGUAUUCUCAUUCCUAAUCCUAUGGUGGUUACACCAAGGUAUUCUCAUUCCUAAUCCUAUGGUGGUUACACCAAGGUAUUCUCAUUCCUAACCCUAUGGUGGUUACACCAAGGUAUUCUCAUUCCUAAUCCUAUGGUGGUUACACCAAGGUAUUCUCAUUCCUAAUCCUAUGGUGGUUACACCAAGGUAUUCUCAUUUCUAACCCUAUGGUGGUUACACCAAGGCCAAGGCAGACAGUCACACCAGUAGAACCCUGAUGCACCUGCAUAGGAGCCAACAUAUGGCAUACACUUAACUUGAGGGAUUCACACCUGCACCCGCUUUGAUGAAAGAAAGGUCAAUAAAGUACAGUAUGUCCAUAAAGAACAGAAGGAUGACAGGACUUUCACAGCUUCUCAGUCCUAACAUCUGUUCAAGACUUAGUAUGCAACACUCACACCUGACAUUGACUUGAUAUUGUUACUCUAAGCAGUUACAACAUUUAACAGAAUACAGCAUAUGUUUACUGGAAUGAACAUGAGGUUGUUCAACCCUAAAUUGUAAUUUACUGUAACAUGGAAGAAAGAUGAUGCAGCUGCUUCAGUUCCUAAAUGCUACUGUAGAGGGCGAUGUUCCAUUGAUUUACAGUUUACACUGGCUGAGUCACUCCAGGGGGUAGCAGAAUCAUGUGCCAGCCUCUCACACACACCCAGCUGGUGAACCCCUUACCAGGCUACUCCAAGGGCAGAUCUAUCAGCAUACCUGUCUCACCCAUGGUUUUACACAAAGCAUUUAUUGUUUCAAUAAACCAUGCCACAGGCAGAUGCUCUAAUGAAACCCCAAAUGUAUCUAAAUAAUUUUCACUGAUACACCAAAACUGUAAUACUGAAAAUACAUGUGUACCUGGCUGGACAAUACAUAUAUGUUUUCCUAACGUUUGUUGUAACGUUUAUUUAUAUUUCCAGCAGUGAUUCAAAAGUGUAUGUAAAAUAUACAUUUAUGGAGCAUAUUUGUGUUGGCUUGGCAUACAGUUAUUUCAGCUAUAGCAUGCAGUGUUACUGUUGAAUAGAUGUAAUAUACUCACUAAGAGAACAACAAUAUUUACUUUACAAUAUUUUCAGAGAAUCCGGGACCUGGAGGAUAAGACAGACAUUCAGAGGAGACAAAUUAAGGAUCUGGAGGAGAAGGUAAGAUGGCCGUCAGAGUUAUUUACUGUCACACAGGUUUUGCUCUCUCCUCUCCCCUGUCGGCUAUAAACUGGCUAUAACUGAGUGUGUCCCAAAUGCCAUCCUAUUUCCUAUCUAGUCCUAUGGACCCUAGUUAAAAGUAGUGCACUAUAUAGGAAAUAGUUUACGAUUUUUGGAACUCAGCCCCUGUGAUGCUUCUGUGACCUGAAGGGGCCUGUAUAAUGUGUUGUUAUCCCUAAGGCUUUCCCCCUGACUGACAUUCAGUCUGCCUUCUCCUUAUAGUAUCCUUACAGUCAAGCAUCAGGCAGACCUAUGUCCCGCUGAACCCCACAUCACUGACUAGUUCAUGAACCAAACAUAAUAAGGCGUGGCCAGUAGUUCUGCUUCCAUUGUUGCACGAUACAGAGGGGAAUGUGCGGUUUGGUCAGGUCAGCACGUAUAGUCAGGACCUCGGCCCUGUCAGAGUUAAAGUUGUAUAUGAACCAAGUUGUACAUGACUCAGAGACUCAGAAUGUAUUUUACUGUAGUUCUGUUAUGGCUAUGCUCUGUUUGACACCAUAGUGGCUAGCCAUAUCAGGACUAGUUUUCUCUGUAAGAAAUUUGCUAUUUAAAUAAAGUUCAAUUGAUUGAUUAAUUGAUAGUUCCCCUACCUGGUAGGACAGUUUCUUUGUAACUUUCUUAAGCGUCCUCUGUUUCUGCUUGUAACUAACAUGUCUUCUGUUUUUCUGACUCUCUCCUCUCUCUCUCUUUCUCUCUCUCUCUCUCUCACGCUCUCUCUGUCUCUUCUCUCUCUCCUCUCUCUCUUCUCUCUCUCCUCUCUCUUCUCUCUCUCUCCUUCUCCUCUCUUCUCCUCUCUUCUCUGCCUCUUCUCUCUUCUCACUCUCUCUCUCUUCUCUCUCUCUCUCUCUCUCGAUAGAUCUUCUCUCUCUCUCUCUCCUCUCUCUCUCUCCUCUCUCUCUCUGCUCUCUCUCCUCUCUCUCUCUCUCUGUAGUUUUUGUUUCUGUUCUUGUUCUUUUCUCUUGCCUUUAUCCUUUGGCCUUGAUGUCUGUGACAUCUCCUGCAGCAGAGGUGAGUCUGGCCUGGUAAAUAAACUCAAGAGAAUCUUCUCAUCUUCCUCUCUGCACUCAUCUGUUUCCCCUGUUGUUCUUCAUCUCCCUAGUGACCAUCAGGACCUGUGAUAAUCAUGAGUGAAGUCGUCUUUGUAGUGUAGCCAACGUGUCUUUCCACAGUUGUGAUUCAUUAAGUUCCAUUGUUUAGGGAAUCAUGCUAUAUGUAACUAAUACUUUUCCUUUCCAUUGUAGCCAACCCAUUUUUCCUUCACAGUUAUAAAGAACAGCAUUAUUUAGUGCUAACCUUUGUCAGACUGGGACAUUGUGUUCUUGGCAUGCAAGCUUUGUUUGGUCUGCCGGCUGCUCGGCCGCUUCUUAGUUCUCCCUAUGGAUAAUGCUAUAAUGUACACACAACCAUUGUUAGAUUGAUCUUAUACUCUUCUUUCGUUUUCUCUUUCUGUUUGCAGACAGACUGGCAGCCUGGAGAUUGUGUUUGUGACUGCAGUGGUUUUUAUUUUGGGGAGAAGUUGACUUUGUGGCUCAUGUUGUAACAGUGAGUGGAAAUGGAACUGUUGUGUGUCGGACAUGGCUGGGAAUUCACCCCUGUUUGAUUUGGGACCUCACUCUGGGGAUAUACAUGAUGUAUGCUGCAUUGCACUGGACGGAUCCUUGGACCAUGGAACUUUUCUCAACUCAGUGGGAUAACUGGAACCCUCCGUCGGAAAACACACACACACACGUGUAAACACUCAUAUACACUGUACACACUGAUACAAACAUACUGGAAACACACACACACAUGCACACACACACACACACACACACACACACACACACACACACACACACACACACACACACACACACACACACACACACACACACACACACACACACACACCAACCCACUUUUAAAGACAUAAAGGAAACCAAAGUCUGGGAGAUCUUAUCUCUGCCAUGCAGGGGGACGCUACACCAUCCAUCUACUCCAAGACUACACCCCGACUACAUACCGACUACCCUCCGACUAGCUCAGACUACCCCCAGACUAGCCCCAGACUACCCCCAGGAGAUGACAGUAAAGGCUGGUGUAGGCUUCAUCAAUAGACCUCACCAGACCACAGUCCUUCUCACUCUCUCCCUCUCCUCUCUCUCUUAUAAACCUGAACGGACGCUCUUAUGUGUGCAUGCACCCCUUCACAGGAGUGACGAGAAAUGAUCAGGGCCUGUGACUGUGGUGACUGACUGAUCUGAUGGUGACUGACUGAUCUGAUGGUGACUGAAUGACUGAUCUGAUGGUGACUGACUGACUGUUCUGAUGGUGACUGACUGAUCUGAUGGUGACUGACUGAUCUGAUGGUGACUGACUGACUGAUCUGAUGGUGACUGACUGUUUUGAAGCCCCGUGUAGCUCAGUUGGUAGAUCAUGGCGCUUGCAACGCCAGGGUUAUGGGUUCGUUUCCCACGGGGGGCCAGUAUGAAAAUGUAUGCACUCACUAACUGUAAGUCGCUCUGGAUAAGAGCGUCUGCUAAAAUGACAAAGAAAAAAAGAUGAAUGACUGAUCUGAUGGUGACUGACUGACUGUUCUGAUGGUGACUGACUGACUGUUCUGAUGGUGACUGACUGACUGAUCUGAUGGUGACUGACUGACUGAUCUGAUGGUGACUGACUGACUGUUCUGAUGGUGACUGUCUGAUCUGAUGGUGACAGACUGAAUGUUCUGAUGGUGAUUGACUGUUCUGAUGGUGACUGACUGUUCUGAUGGUGACUGACUGAUCUGAUGGUGACUGACUGAUCUGAUGGUGACUGACUGACUGUUCUGUGACCAGGAGACACAGGACAUGGGACACCCAGGAUAAUGUGUCUCCUCUGGUCUCAGACCAGCUGAAAGAUCAGGUGAUGGCAGAGAGAGAGAGAGAAGGAUGGGAGAGAGAGGAUCGACUAUGUGCUCACACACUGACCCACCAGAUCUCCUUUUCAACAGAAGACCAAGGUUUCUGUUUGGAGACCUUCACUUUAACUGUAUUUUUUUAAACCAGCGGACAGAAUGGAAUUAGGUCUCUGGUUCUACUUUCUUUCCUUUUUUAAUAAACCAAACGUCCCAGUCGAUCCCCAUGUACCAAGAUUUCCACAGAGAAAAAAAAGACCCUCUCUAUAUGGCUGUGUAAUAUAUACAUUUGUUGAUAUGUACAUGUGUCUUGAUGAUUUCCUGUAGUCUCUUUCCUUCUUUCUGUGAAUAUGACCUCUUUCUCCUUUGCAGCUUGAACAGUAG